UGAUGAGACGCCCCCUACAGGGAAUCAAGCCCGCAGCCCCGGGCAUGUGCCCUUGGCCAGAAUAGAACCUGGGACCCGUCAGUCCGCAGGCUGACGCUCUGAUCCACUGAGCCGAAUGUCUAGGGCUCAGUUUUGUUUUUUAACAAUAUAUUUUUAUUGAUUUCAGAGAGAGGGAGAAGGAGACAGAGAGAGAGAGGGUAACAUCAAUAAUGAGAGAGAAUCAUGGAUCGGCUGCCUCCUUCACACCUCCUACUGGGAAUGGAGCCUGCAACCCAGGCAUGUGCCCUGACUGGGAAUCGAACUGUGGCCUCCUGGUUCAUAGGCUGAUGCUCAACCACUGAGCCACACCGGCCAGGCUCCUUUUCAGUUUUUAAUGACCUGACGAGCCUUUGUCAUUCGGAAACAUCAUGUAUGACAGAAGGGUGAUCCGAGGCAACACUUAUGCUCUACACACAGAACCGCAGCGCGGGCAGACCAUCGACGAGCAUGUUCAGAGGCUCCAGGAGACUAAGAAGAGGGCGGUUGCCAAAAAACGAGCCCAGGAGCAGCUCCGACCGCGCACGCCGGAGCCCGUGGAGGGCAGGAAGCACGUGGACGUGCAGACAGAAUUAUACCUUGAAGAAAUUGCUGACCGCAUAAUAGAAGCUGAUAUGGAAUGCCAGACAGAUGCAUUUUUGGACAAACCACCAACACCACUCUUUAUUCCUGCCAAAACUGGCCAAGAUGUGGCCACCCAAAUCCUAGAAGGAGAGCUCUUUGACUUUGACCUGGAAGUGAAACCGAUGCUGGAAGUCCUGGUGGGAAAGACCAUUGAGCAGGCGCUGCUGGAGGUGAUGGAAGAGGAGGAGCUGGCCGACCUGCGGGCCACGCAGUACGCGUUUGAAGAGCUGCGCAACGUGGAGCUGGCGGAGGUCCAGAGGCUGGAAGAGCAAGAGCGGCGACACCGGGAGGAGAAAGAGCGCCGGAAGCAGCAGCAGUGGGAGGUGAUGCACAAGCACAAGGAGACUUCGCAGAAGAUCGCUGCCCGCGCCUUCUCGCAGCGCUACCUGGCCGACCUGCUCCCCUCCGUGUUCGACAGCCUCAAGGAGGGGGGCUAUUUUUUUGAUCCGGUUGAGAGAGAUAUUGAGCUCGGAUUCCUUCCGUGGCUAAUGAACGAAGUUGACAAAACCAUGGAGCACAGCAUGGUGGGAAGGACAGUGCUUGACAUGUUGAUUCGUGAAGUGGUUGAGAGGAGGCUGAACACGUAUGAGCAAAAGGAGGACAAGCAUCCGUUUCUGAAGGCCGAGGACGGGCCUGGUGGUCCUGGACCCAUGAGAGACCCCGCGACGGGUGAUGAAUUCCAGGAGCAGAGGUCGCUCCCAAGCACAGAGGCCCCGUAUGAGAAGCUAAUAGAGGAAGAGGAGGAGGAGGAAGAUCCGAUAGGAAUGAGGAGAUCCCUGGGGAGGGAAGAACAGUUUCAAGGCAGAGAAUCCUGGGAGGGGUGAAACCAGCCCACAGCCAACCAGCCUUGCGAGCAAUCAGGUAAUGAGGGGGGUCCCUCAGGCUCUGCAGAUUAUGUGGAAUUUAGUCAACGUGUCUUUUUCUCUAAUGGACUGGGCAAAUCGAAUAUGUUGAAAUAAAACUAAUAGUAAGUAAAA